AUGUUCUUCUCUAACAAAUUUCAGCCUUAAUGUUCUGAAUGUUGACCCAGCGCAUUGAUUGAUAGUGAUACCAUUCCAUGUUAUCUGUUUCUUAAAGAAUGAACAAUACAAAUGCGUAUGCCUGGCGCAGAAGUCCUCAAGAUAGUCUAUACAUAUGCGUAUGUUCACAGAACAUCUAAGCUCUUGCCCAUCAAAAAUGGAAAUUUGGAGGGUGGGCUUGAGCUGCCCUUCUAUAGAAGAAGCUGUGCUGUUGCGGAGAUGAUCGUGAAACAGGAAAUGAAAAGAUGUAUACUUACCGAUCUUUCUACUGCUGCUGCCAUUCUUAGACUAGCUUUUCAUAACUGUCAAGUUGAUAGUUGCGAACUUGCGAUGGCUCAAUUCUUCUGGAGGAACCAAAUCACUCCAAAGCUGAACUACAUUUCUUGUGUUGAUAUUAUUCAGAUGGCAGCAAGAGAGGCAAUCUUUCUGACUGGCAGACAAUACAUAGAGAUUGUGACAGGGCGCAGAGAUGGAAUUUCUCUUUGCAAGAAAAGUGCUGAUUAUCAACUUCCAGCAACUAACAUACCUGUCAAUGAAUUCAUAGAGAUUUUUCAACAAAAGAGUAUCGGCAUAGGCCACAGCCGGAGCUUUGAGGAGAGGCUGAGGCCAGUGACUGAUCCGACUCUGUCUCCAACCUUCUCCCUUGCAAUGUAAGCAAUCUGCAACAGCCCUGCUUUGUAUGAUAUAGCAUUUUCUCAAAAUGAUGCCACCACAUUCUCCUUCGACAAUAGAUACUUUGCUGACAUUCAGAGUGGAAGGGGGCUGUUUAAGAUUGACUCUAGGAUUGCAAGAGAUCCAAGGACACUGCCUUAUGUUGUGAAGAUUGCAGAGAAUAUGCAGGGCAUUUCUUUGAUAGGUUCUCAUCUGGAUUCUUGAAGGUCUUUAGAUACAAGGUUUUUGGUAGGAGAGGAUGGAGAGAUUGCGAGGGAUUGCAGAUUUAGGAACACCUAAUAUAUAAGAACUGUUUCU